CAUCAUAUAAUUUGUAUUAGUCGGUUUCGUUCUGCCAUGCCAUGUGUGUUUUGAUUUUGUAGAUAAAUAUACAUGUAAUUUACACAGUUAAAAUAAUUUCCUACAAUGCAGCAAGCUCAUCGUCCUGGCCAACUAAAGCAAAGCAAUAAGGCACAUAAAUCUCGCCAUCGUUCUAAGCGCGGGAUUGCAGCGGCUGUUAAAGGAAAGGUCAAUGUUAAGGAGUAUGUCCGACGUAAUCGCCACGUGCUUAAGAAAGACGAGCGUCGGCAUCAAGCGCUGCAGCUUCGUAAAAAUAAGCGAGAGGAAGUUUUAGCCAAAAAGCGAGCUUUAGGUGGCAGUCGCUUUCCUCCGUUUUUGGUUUGCGUGGUUCCUCUAAAUGCUCAGCUGGAUGUGCAGUCCGCUCUUGUAAUUCUGAAGACUUGUUCCGAAGGUGCGGUUGUAACACAGUCAGAAAAUGGUAUCCUGCACGUCAGUUUGCCAAACUUCAAACAACGCUUCUCAUUUAUUUGUCCUGAAGUUCACAAUGAAUUUGCUUUACUGGAUGCCUUGAAAAUUGCAGACACUGUUCUUUAUGUUAGUUCUGCCCUUGAUGAACCUGUUGAUGAAUGGGGGGAAAAGGUCCUUGCCCUAUCUAUGGCCCAGGGCAUGCCAACUCCAGUGGUUGUUGCCAUGGACAUAGAAGGUGUACACCCCAAAAAAAGAACAUCAGAAAAACAAAAUGUACAAAAACUCAUAUCCAAAUGGCUGCCAAAUGAAAAAGUCUUACAAUUGGACAAAAGUUCAGAUGGCUUGAAUGUUUUACGUAGGAUUGGCAAUCAGAAACGUAACAUCUUACAUCACAGAGAAAAGAGGCCGUACAUGUUAGCUGAAGAAGUCGAGUAUGUACCUGAUACAGAGGGUGAAAAUGGUACAUUAAAAAUUAGUGGUUACUUAAGAGGAAUGCCACUUAAUGUUAAUGGUUUGAUCCAUAUUACUGGACUGGGUGACUUCCAAAUGUCUAGGAUUGAUGGCCUUGAAGAUCCUCAUCCAUUGAAUCUGGGUAAAGAAAAUGGAAAGUCUGGUGUAGAUGCUAUGGAUGCAGAAGUCACGAAGGUGUCUGUUCUGCAAGUAGCAGAUCCAGCUAAACAAGAGAGUUUGGCUUCUGAGAAUAUACCGGAUCCGAUGGAUGCCGAACAAACCUGGCCCACUGAGGAAGAAAUAGAACAAGCUAACUUGGAGACUAAGAAAAAAAAGCUCAAAGUGAAAGUUCCAAAAGGCUGGUCAGACUACCAAGCUGCCUGGAUCGUCGAAUCUGAUGCGGAAGGGGAUGCUUCAGAAGGCAGUGACAGUGAUGGGGAAGAGCAAGAAGACUUCAUGUCUUGCGAGGAAGACAACUCAGAUGUGGAAGAGGCUGAAGAAGAUAAUGAUUUUGAAUCUGUGACAGAAUCUGAAGUGGCGAUAAGUGAUGAGAAGUACGAUGCUACAAUUGAUGCUCAAGAAGAACAGGAGAUGCUUCAGAAAUUGGUAGCGGCAAAGGAAGAUCAACAGUUUCCAGAUGAGGUCGAUACACCUCGAGACUUGCCAGCAAGGGAGCGGUUCAUGCGCUAUCGAGGUUUGGAGUCGUUCAGGACAUCCCCGUGGGACCCCAAAGAGAAUUUACCGGCGGAUUUCGCGCGGAUAUUCCAGUUUGAGAACUACGAGCGGACAAGGAGGAGGGUGUUUAAGGAGAAUGAGGAUAGUCUUGUUAAUAUGUACGGAUUUUACAUAACAGUCCACGUUAAAGACGUCCGCCAAGACCUGUGGAACGCCUUCAACUCUUCAAACCCCAACGCUCCCUUAGCGGCCUUCGGUCUUCUUCCUCACGAACAUAAGAUGUCCCUUAUGAAUGUAGUUCUGAAGAGAACAGGCGCAAGUGACGAGCCUAUAAAGAGCAAAGAGAGGCUGAUAUUCCAAGUGGGAUAUAGGAGGUUCAUCGUGAAUCCGAUAUUCAGUCAGCACACUAAUGGAAGUAAACAUAAGUACGAGAGGUUCUUCCAGCCAGCAUCCACUUGCGUCGCUUCGUUUUACGCUCCAAUCCAAUUUAGCCCCUCAACAGUUCUUUGUUUCAAGGAGAAAAGAAAUACUAAAUUGCAGUUGCUAGCAUCGGGAGUGUUGUUGUCGUGCAACCCCGACAGGCUCGUUGUAAAGAGGAUUGUUCUUUCUGGACAUCCAUACAAGGUACACAAGAGAUCAGCUGUGAUACGCUUCAUGUUCUUCAACCGGGAAGACGUGCAAUACUUCAAGCCGUGCAAACUGAGAACUAAGUAUGGUCGCACGGGACACAUAAAGGAACCAUUAGGAACUCACGGCCACAUGAAAUGCGUGUUCGACGCGCAGCUGAAGUCGCAGGACACAGUGCUUCUCAACCUUUACAAGCGAAUGUUCCCGAAAUGGACCUACGAAAAUUGUAUAGUGACAGACAGAGACAACAAGAGUGUAGAUACGAUGGAGUCGUAGAAAUAAAGUUAGAAAAAA